AUGGCCGUGAUCAAAUACAUCCAGACAAAGAUGCGCGAGGACAGCACGACGAUCCGGCUUAGGGCGGAUUCGCGGUCCAAGCCAUCAUUCCAGAUCGCUUCGGACGGGUGCCCAGCGAUCGCGGGCAAAAUCACACGGCACCCCUCCGUCAGGGCGUGGAGCGCCCACUACAAGACGACCGACAAGGAGGCCAAUAUCAAGAGGCUCGGCGUGAGGGGCCUCGGCAUUGGCGAGGGUUGGGUGAAGAGCAGGAAGGCCAUGUACCGGGAGGCCAUCGUGUUCUGGAACAGAGAGGACAAGAGCACGAGAGAUCGCAUUCCCGUCCCUGAUGAGUGA